UCCAGUGUAAACGUUUGUUUUGUUUAUGUUGAUAAAAGAUAGUUAAUAAUGUCGCCAACGCCUGUUAAACGUUAUAGGCGCAGUUCCAAGUCCUCCGAUGACGAGAAGGAAGACAACUAUGUGCCCUAUGUGCCGGUGAAGGAGCGCAAGAAGCAACAAAUGAUAAAAAUGGGCCGUAUUGUACAGCUUACCACAGAAUCAGCACAACCCAAAUCCUCCAGUGAGAAUGAGAACGACGAUGACGCUACAGGUGCUCAGGAUGCGGAGACAUGGGGACGCAAAUACAACAUAAGCUUGCUAGAUCAACAUACAGAGCUGAAAAAAAUAGCCGAGGCGAAAAAGUUAAGCGCGGUGGAAAAGCAGCUGCGCGAAGAAGAGAAAAUCAUGGAGAGUAUUGCACAGCAAAAGGCUUUGAUGGGUGUGUCUGAAUUGGCAAAAGGCAUACAGUAUGAAGAGCCCAUAAAAACGUCCUGGCGUCCACCACGUUACAUACUAGCCAUGCCUGAGGAGGAACGCCAGGCCAUACGCAAAGAGCUAAGAAUUCUGGUCGAGGGCGAAAAUACAAGUCCGCCUAUACAGACUUUUCGAGAAAUGAAGUUUCACAAAGGCAUACUCAACGGCUUGGCUGCCAAAGGUAUUAAGACACCAACGCCCAUACAGAUACAGGGUCUGCCUACAGUGCUGUCAGGACGCGAUCUCAUUGGCAUUGCCUUUACGGGCUCCGGCAAAACAUUGGUAUUUGUGCUGCCCAUUGUUAUGUUCGCGCUGGAGCAAGAGUACAAGCUACCAUUUGAGCGCAACGAGGGUCCUUACGGCUUGAUCAUAUGCCCUUCACGUGAGCUGGCCAAGCAAACACAUGAAAUUGUACAGCAUUAUAGUAAACACUUGCAGCAAUGUGGCAUGCCCGAGGUGCGUUCCUGUCUAGCAAUGGGCGGACUGCCCGUGAGCGAGGCUCUCGAUGUAAUUUCUAAAGGCGUUCACAUAGUGGUGGCCACACCUGGACGCCUCAUGGAUAUGCUCGACAAAAAAAUACUAACUUUAGACAUGUGCCGUUAUCUGUGUAUGGAUGAGGCGGAUCGUAUGAUAGACAUGGGCUUCGAGGAAGAUGUGCGCACCAUAUUCUCCUUCUUCAAAGGCCAACGACAAACACUGCUCUUCUCUGCCACUAUGCCCAAGAAAAUACAGAACUUUGCACACUCAGCGCUGGUCAAGCCAGUGACUAUUAAUGUGGGACGUGCUGGAGCAGCAUCCAUGAAUGUCACUCAAGAGGUGGAAUAUGUAAAGCAGGAGGCCAAAGUUGUAUAUCUGCUAGAUGUUCUACAAAAGACUGCGCCGCCUGUGCUUAUAUUUGCGGAAAAGAAACAGGAUGUGGACUGUAUUCAUGAGUAUCUGCUGCUCAAGGGCGUCGAAGCGGUGGCCAUACACGGUGGCAAGGAUCAGGAGGAGCGUUCUCGAGCAGUGGAUGCGUAUCGCAUGGGUAAAAAGGAUGUGCUAGUAGCAACAGAUGUGGCGUCCAAGGGUCUGGAUUUCCCCAAUGUGCAGCAUGUGAUCAACUAUGAUAUGCCUGAUGAUAUAGAGAACUAUGUGCAUCGCAUCGGUCGUACGGGCCGCUCAAAUACCAAGGGAUUGGCUACUACACUUAUAAACAAAAUCACAGAGCAAUCAGUGCUGCUGGACUUGAAGCAUUUGCUCAUUGAGGCCAAGCAGCAGGUGCCCGAUUUUCUGGACGAACUGGCGCCUGAGGCGGAUCACACACACUUGGAUCUGGGUGACUCGCAUGGUUGCAGCUACUGCGGCGGUUUGGGCCAUCGCAUCACCGAGUGUCCCAAGCUGGAGGCGGUGCAGAGCAAGCAGGCAUCGAAUAUUGGCAGACGCGAUUAUCUGUCCAAUACGGCGGCGGACUACUAAUUUUUUUUACUGUAUGCGCGGCUAACCCUUGCCGUUUAAGCCGAAAUAAAAUGCGGGAAUUGAAAGCGCUAUGCAAAUGCCUGACUCUUAACCCAAAGUUC